CGACUGGGACUAGGUUCAAAUCUUCCCUCAUGAAAGAGAGGAGGUGUGCACCAACUGUGUUUGGAACUUCUUUUAACUUUUUUUGUGUGAGAAAAACUUCAGACACAGGACUUAACGUUACCUUGACUCUUUUGGUGGAAUUUCUUUGGUUUCAUCACUUCUGAUUUCUUUCGGCAAACGGGUCAUUUACAAAACUUCAUUUGACAGCCGUCGCUUUACCUUGGAUCCAUGAGUGUGAUCGAUAGAUUUUCGUCAUAAGGUGUAGCUUCAUCCAAGAUGGCGUCCGUCAGAUGGCACUGGUGCUGGUUGGUGGUGGCACUGCCCACCCUGCUGGUGCAGCUGGCAGCCUCUCUAAACCUGGAGGACCCCAAUGUCUGCAGCCACUGGGAGAGCUACUCUGUGACGGUGCAGGAGUCCUAUGCCCACCCCUUUGACCAGAUAUACUACACCAGCUGCACCAACGUACUCAACUGGUUCAAGUGCACUCGGCACAGGGUGAGUUAUCGGACAGCCUACCGGCGAGGAGAGAAGACGAUGUACAGGCGCAAGGAGCAGUGCUGCCCCGGCUACUACGAGAGUGGAGAUACGUGUGCUCCCCACUGUGCUGAGAAAUGUGUGCACGGCCGCUGCGUGGCCCCCAACACCUGCCGCUGUGAGCCGGGCUGGGGAGGAGCCAACUGUUCCAGUGCAUGUGACAGUACCCACUGGGGCCCGCACUGCAGUAACCGGUGCCAGUGCAAGAACGGGGCGCUCUGCAACCCCAUCACGGGCGCCUGCAUCUGCCCGCCCGGGUACCGCGGCUGGCGCUGCGAGGAGGAGUGCGAGGCGGGCACCUACGGCGGCGCGUGUCAGCAGAAGUGCCUCUGCCAGAACGGCGCCCGGUGCCACCACAUCACCGGCGAGUGCACGUGCUCGCCGGGCUACACCGGCGCUUUCUGUGAGGACCUGUGCCCGCCUGGUAAGCAUGGGCAGCAGUGUGAGGAGCGCUGUCCCUGCCAGAACGGAGGAGUGUGUCACCACGUCACCGGGGAGUGCUCCUGUCCUGCCGGAUGGAUGGGGAUGGUGUGUGGUCAGCCCUGUCCCGCCGGCCGCUUUGGCAGGAACUGCAGUCAGGAGUGCCAGUGCCAUAAUGGGGCCACAUGCGACUCGGCCAGUGGCCAAUGCUUCUGCAGCCCAGGCUACAUCGGAGAGAGGUGCCAGGAGCAGUGCCCGGUUGGCACGUACGGCGUGGAGUGCCGCCAGACGUGCCGCUGCGGGAACAGUGCCAAGUGCUACCACAUCAGUGGCGAGUGCCUGUGCGAGCCGGGCUACACGGGCGACCGCUGCGAGGUGCGCCUCUGCGUCGAGGGCGUCUACGGGCUCAAGUGCGACAGGAAGUGCCCCUGUCACCACGACAACACGCGCAGUUGCCACCCCAUGUCUGGUGAGUGUGUGUGCCAGGGGGGCUGGGCGGGGCUGUACUGUAACGAGACGUGUACCCCGGGCUUCUACGGCGAGGCCUGCAGGCAGGUGUGCCAGUGCCAGAACGGGGCCGACUGCCACAGCGUCACCGGGGAGUGCAUAUGCGCCCCGGGAUUCAAGGGCCCCAACUGUUCCACACCCUGCUCCUCUGGCACGUUCGGGGUUAACUGCUCGUCCACCUGCACCUGUAAGAACGGAGCCACUUGCUCACCUGUGGACGGCUCCUGUUCAUGCAAAGCAGGCUGGCAUGGGGUGGACUGCUCCAUCAACUGCCCCAGUGGAUCAUGGGGGCUUGGCUGCAACCUCACCUGUCUGUGUGGGGACGGCGGAGCCUGCAACGCCCUGGAUGGGAGAUGUACCUGCGCACCUGGUUGGAGAGGGGAGAGGUGCGACAUGCACUGCCAGGAUGGGACGUAUGGCAUGGACUGUGGGGAGAGAUGUGACUGCAGCCACGCGGACGGGUGCCAUCCGGCCACCGGGUACUGCCGCUGCCUGGCAGGAUGGACAGGUAUCCACUGUGACAGUGUGUGCGCGCAGGGCCGCUGGGGUCCCAACUGUUCCCUGCCGUGUAACUGUAAGAACGGGGCGUCCUGCUCGCCCGACGAGGGCACCUGCGAGUGCGCGCCAGGCUACAGGGGCACCACCUGCCAACGCAUUUGUUCGCCGGGGUAUUUUGGCCACCGCUGCAGCCAGGCCUGUCCCCACUGCGUCCAUAGCAAUGGGCCCUGUCACCACGUCACUGGCCAGUGCGACUGUCUGCCCGGCUUCAAAGGGUCACUCUGCAACGAAGUGUGCCCCAGUGGUCGGUUUGGGAAGAGCUGCUCCCUCACCUGUGCCUGCACCAACAACGGCACCUGCAACCCCAUCGACGGCUCCUGCCAGUGCUACCCCGGCUGGAUCGGCAGCGACUGCUCGCAGCCGUGUCCGCCAGGCCAGUGGGGACCCAACUGCAUCCACACGUGCAACUGCCACAACGGGGCCUAUUGCAGUGCCUAUGAUGGAGAGUGCAAAUGCACCCCAGGAUGGACCGGCCUCUACUGCACACAACGCUGUCCUCUGGGCUUCUAUGGCAAAGACUGUUCCCAGACCUGCCAGUGCAAGAACGGGGCAGACUGCGACCACAUCUCCGGCCAGUGCACAUGCCGCACGGGCUUCAUGGGAAGGCACUGUGAACAGAAGUGUACACCUGGUACCUACGGUUACGGUUGCCGGCAGGUGUGCGAUUGCCUCAACAACUCCACCUGUGACCACAUGACCGGUACCUGCUACUGCAACCCCGGCUGGAAGGGAUCCAGGUGUGACCAAGCUGGUGUGAUCAUCGUGGGCACCCUGAACAGUCUGACCAGCACGGCUUUACCCGUGGACUCUUAUCAGAUCGGGGUGGUGGCGGGCAUCAUUGUGCUGGUGCUGCUGGUGUUGUUCCUCCUCGCCCUCUUCAUCAUCUACCGCAAGAAGCAGAAGGGCAAGGAGCCCGCCAUGCCCGCCGUCACCUACACGCCCGCCAUGCGCGUCAACGCAGACUACGCCAUCGCAGAAACAAUUCCGCAGACCACUGAGGGCCACCCAAAUAGCAACUACUUCUCCAACCCCAGCUACCAUACGCUCACACAGUGUACCAGCCCUCCCCACGUCAACAACCUGCCAUACGGGAAGGCGAAAAACAACCAGCUGAUGGUGAACCUGAAGAACGUGGACCACAGGAAGAGGCUUCCCCUCAUGGACCACACCGGCACGCUGCCUGCAGACUGGAAACAGGGUGGAUGCUUCAACGAACUGGGAGCUUACGGAGUAGACCGUCGGUACAUGGGCAAGUCUCUAAGAGGCCCCUGUCUGUCCAUGUUUGGUUCCCCAGACUUGGUGAAAGGCGCACCGUACCACGCCAGCACCAGCUCCCUCAACAGCUCCGAGAACCCCUACGCCACCAUCAAGGACCCGCCGCUGCUCAUGCCCAAGAACACCGAGUGCGGCUACGUGGAGAUGAAGUCGCCAGCCCGCCGCGACUCGCCCUACGCCGAGAUACACAACUCCAGCCCCACCAACAAGAACGUCUACGAAGUUGAGCCUACAGUGAGUGCUGUCCACUUACCCAGCAGUAGCAACAACAACUGCAACGGGCCCUUCACCCAGGAUCCGUAUGACCUACCAAAGAACAGCCAUGUCCCCAGUCACUACGACGUGCUCCCCACGAGAGACAGCCCGCCAUCGCCGCACAAAGAACUGGAUCUGGAACAGGAGGAGUGAGCUGAGCUCCUAUAGGAGAGACUUGAAAAAAGAGACCUUAAUUAUGCCUGAUGCCGAUUGGCUCUACCAAACCAGUGGCCUUCACUCAUUGGCUGGCAUACUGUGAGCUCCUGUUGUGCAUAUCCUCCAGUGGUUAAUAUAUCCAUUUCUUAUUAUACUUUUUUUCGUUAAUUAAUUUCACUUUUUUGAAGAACAAAAGAAAAAACAAUCUUCAUUAUAAUCAUUCUUGAGCACACUUUUUUAUUUCUUUCAAAGGAGCUAACCAUGGUUGCUCAACCUGGAUUCACUCACAAUCCAUAUUUUCAUUGCGGUCUUCCUCCGAGUAUCCAUGCCAAGAACGAAACACAUAAAACCAGACUAUCAGAAUUGGAUUUAAUUUUUCAAAAUAAGAUUGUUAUUAAUAAAAUAUCUGUUAUGGCUCACGGCCCAGUAAAUCAUUCCAUAUACUGUUAUAUAAAACAUAUCACCUGCCUUUGUUCUUAAAAUAUAGAGUGAGAAUACAAAGCAAACCUCAUUUUAUUUUUGUAAUAAUAAAGAUGAAUGGAAUUCAGUGUUAGAAUUGGGAGAAUACCUAUAAGCUGAAUGUGAGUGUGUUUGAAAUGGUAGACUGAUCUGGUGUGUUUUGGUUUAAUGCGAGUGUAGUCAUGUAUGUGUGUACUGUACACAUAUGGGACUGUUUAUACUCUGUCUUUAGUUAUAUUUCUACAGGUUUUGUCUUAUUAUUAGUCUGCUUGAUCGAUACUAAACCUAACCAAAGGUCAAAGUGCCAUAAGGAGUAUUUUUUCCCUAAUGCUACCAGCUUUUAGCUGGUACCUCAGUACUAAGGCAAUCAGAUGUAGGUCCCCAAUUCAUGUAAAAUCUACAUCCUAGAAAAUCCUGGUCAUCUGUUAAAUGGCACUGCGCUUCUCUGUAAAAAAAAAUGUUCUAUGAAUUAUAAUUCUGUAUGUGUAAAUAGAAUUGAACCUUCAUGGAGGUAUGUCUCCAAUUGUCUUUUAUUUUACGGUUGAUGCUUUGUUAUUCUAAUUCUGUGGAUGUUUCCUUUCACAUCCAAUAUGAUGGUACCAUUACCGUUUAAAAUUGGACAUAAUUUACUUUUAUAGUUAUGUUUAUUCACUCUGCACAUCCCAGUGUCAAGAAUAUGCAGUUUGUAAUUGAACACGAUUGUUUGUGAAUGGCUUUAGACUGAGUUUCACACAGAGAGAUGUUUGUCUGGUGCCAAACAUCACUACGUCUUGCGGUAUGGUCUGUGGACUGAAAUCAAAAGAGAAGUUCUCUAUUUUUUAUUUCAUCAGAAAAAUGAAAUAUUUUAAUCGGCUAUAGUUCCUAUGCUUAAGCUGGCCUUUUGCAUUCUAGUGUGAGAACAGAAGAGAAAGUUUAUCCAUCUUAGAGCUUAGAGGUAGAUUUAUUAGGCGUGUUUCAUUAUAGUGCAACAGGUUAGUCAGUAUAGUUUCAACAAAUACAAUGGGUCCAUCUCAAACCUGUCUGAGCCAGGAAAAGAAAAUUGUCUGUACAAAACAUUGUACAUAGCUGUAAUGAAAGAUUUGCGAAGUUUGUGUGGGGUUUCUGUGUGGAACGAAUGCAUGCAGUAGCCCUAAACACGCAUGCCUUAUACCUAUUCUGUAUAUUACUACGCGGUUGAAUAAUUAUGGUACAUUUGAUUUGGCACUUUGGCCAUGCAAACCACUUACAUUUCUUUAAUCCACAGUUGUUUGAACAGUGUUUUGUCCACCUUGCCAUGUGACUGUUAUUAAAUUGUCUUCCAUGUAGGCCUACCAACAAGCCUGAUACAGUUUACUUUUGCCUUUUUAUAUGCCAAUUGAUACAUGGGUACAUGUUGCCAGUCAGAUCAGUGAGAAAGAUUGACUAUCAGGGGAACUGAGGUUUUCAUCAGUUGUGCUGAUCAGUGUGUAUGUAUUUGUAUAUAGUAGUAUACUUGGGUUUGUUUGUUUUUGUUUUUUUGCCUUCUUUAAUCUGUUUUUCAGUUUUAUUUUGUCAGAGAAACUCACUGAGAAUUGCACAUUUUGUUAUGUUUAUGUUUCCCUCCCCAAAGAAAUUCACAGUAGCAACAUUUGCCUUGGGUUACCAACUUGUUUUCCAGUAGCUUCUGUCUGUGCAAUUUGCUUUACAAUA